AGCUGUAACAGACGUUUCGCGAACGCACUUAACAGUGCGUGAGACGCGCAGUAGCAGGAUGACAAAUGGUGACGUGGAGAGGUUUCAGCACGAGCAAGAAAAAAAUUGCGAAUUGCUGACAAAUGAAUACAUCGUGAAUAAUGUGACGGAUCAAUGCCCGCCGUCUUUUGAUGGACUUCUCUGCUGGCCGAGUACGGUUGCUAAUGCUACUGCUGUACUGUCGUGCCCUCCACAAGCUGUUCUCGGGUAUGAGAAUCCCAACAAUGGCACAUCAACGAAACAAUGUCUCCCUGGGGGUAACUGGUACAGUAAUUCGCUUGGAGUCACUUGGAGCAAUUAUACCCUCUGCACACCACCCCCUGGCUAUUUUGUCACAGCCGUUGAAAAUAUCGAGAUCACCCAUUCCGAGUUUGCGAAGACGCACAACUCUACUGUUCUAAUUAAAUGGGUACCAAUAAUAAAAACAAUAGCAAAGGUCGGUUAUGCUUCAUCAAUGACAACAUUAAUAAUCGCCCUGAUAAUAUUUUUACUCCUGAGAAAAUUGCGGAAUCAUCGAAAUCGUCUUCACAUGCAUUUGUUCGUCUCGUUCAUCAUGAGAGCAUUCAUGGCGCUUCUCAAAGACCGGCUCAUCGUAAACGGCAUUGGUUCAACUUGGAACAUCAUCCUGGUGGACGGGAAAAGCACUUUCAUCACAGAAAAACACAUUUGGGUCUGCAAAGUAAUCACAAGCGCUUGGCAGUACUUCAUCGUCGCUAAUUACGCCUGGAUCUUCAUGGAGGGACUCUAUCUACACAAUCUCGUUUUUCUCGCAUUCUGCGCUGACACCUCUGCAAUAACUGUGUAUAUAAUCCUCGGUUGGGGAUUACCAGCAAUUGUAGUUGGGGCGUGGGUUGUAAUUCGAGUUCUGAUGGAAGACACACUCUGCUGGACAACCAAUAAUAACCCCUACUUUUUUUUAAUCAUUCGAAUUCCCAUCAUGGUGUCCAUCCUGUUGAACUUUAUUCUUUUCUUGAAUAUCGUGAGAGUAUUAUUGAUAAAAAUGAAGACAUCGGUGCACUUACAACGGAAAAAAAUGCAUUAUGGGAGAUGGGCUAAGUCGACACUGGUGUUGGUUCCCCUCUUCGGAGCCCAUUAUACUAUUUUUCUAGGAUUGUCUUACCAUCACGAUCAUCAGGUGGAACUCAUCUGGCUGUUUUGUGAUCAAUUAUUCGCUUCGUUCCAGGGGUGUUUUGUGGCUCUUCUCUACUGUCUGAUGAACGGUGAAGUGCGCGCUGAAAUGAGACGAGCCUGGAGGGCUCAGCGAUCUCGACGAGGUGCCGAUUCUCUCAUAUUGACUCACAGAAACUUCGGAAAACCCGGAGAAAGAAGCCAAAGAAGUAUUAGAGCAAAUAACGCCAACAACACCACUCGGGCUCCAGACUAUCAGCAAACACUCCACGUUUGACUAGACGUUCACGAUGUCUGAGCAUUCUCUGUUCUGCAUGGAUCCAGGACCCCGGCUCACUCCAGAGUCUUUCAGCCAUUGCUGCUGAUCUUGGCCACAGUCGAGAGUCUAUCGACGCGCUGUCCGCCUGCUCGGUCCACAAUGUUGCCUCUCCACCUGUCAUUACAUCAUCAUCA